AGUAGACGAGUUACAGACAGAGCGUCGCUGACUGCUCUUCGCUUUCUCCUCCUCCGCCGCGUCCGGCCCCGCCGGCGAUGGCUCGUAGCCCCUGCGACCUCCGGCUCCUCCUCCUCGCCGCCGCCGUGGCCUUCAUCUACAUCCAGGUGCGGCUCUUUGCUAGCCAGUCUCAUCACGCCGAACGCCUCGCGGAAGCAGAAAAGUCAGGGAGCAGAUGCACCAGCCAGCUGCGCUCCAUGAUCGAUCAGGUCAGCAUGCAGCAGGAGAAGAUUGCUGCACUAGAAGAGAUGAAGAUACGCCAAGACGAGGAGCAUGUGCAGCUCAAGAUUUUAAUUCAAGACCUGGAAAAAAGGAGUUUGCAGACCUUAGUAAACAAGAAUGUGCAGGUUCCUGUUGCCGCUGUUGUGAUAAUGGCUUGCAAUCGGCCAGAUUAUUUGCAGAGGACAGUUGAAUCUAUCCUGAAGUACCAAAAAACAGUUGCUUCUAAGUUUCCACUAUUUAUAUCUCAGGAUGGAACAAAUGGAGAAGUAAAAAAGAAAGCUUUGAGUUACACUCAAAUAACAUUUAUGCAGCAUGUCGAUCUUGAACCUGUGCGCACAGAAAGACCAGGAGAGUUGACAGCAUAUUACAAGAUAGCUAAACACUAUAAAUGGGCCUUGGAUGCGCUAUUCAUUAAGCAUAAUUUUGAUCGAGUAAUCAUUCUGGAAGAUGACAUGGAGAUCGCCCCAGAUUUCUUCGACUACUUCGAGGCUGCAGCGAAACUACUGGAUAAUGACAAGACAAUAAUGGCUGUUUCUUCUUGGAAUGACAAUGGGCAAAAGCAGUUCGUUCAUGAUCCGAAAGCUCUUUACCGUUCGGACUUCUUUCCUGGGCUUGGAUGGAUGUUAACAAAGCCAACAUGGAUGGAGCUGUCACCGAAGUGGCCUAAAGCUUAUUGGGAUGAUUGGGUGAGGCUAAAGGAGGUACACGGAGAUCGGCAAUUUAUUCGGCCAGAAGUGUGCAGAACAUACAAUUUCGGCGAGCAUGGAUCAAGCAUGGGACAGUUCUUCCAGCAAUACCUGGAACCAAUCAAGUUAAAUGAUGUUCAUAUUGAUUGGAACUCCGAGGACCUGAGCUACCUCAAGGAGGACAAGUUCUUGAUCCAAUUUGGGGAAGAAGUGGCUAGUGCCACACCUCUGCACAGAUCCGAUGCUCUGUUGAAGGCCCACAAUAUGAAUGUGGAUGUCAGGAUUCAGUACGACGACCAGGGAGAUUUUGAGCGUAUAGCUCGCCAUUUUGGGAUAUUUGAAGAGUGGAAGGAUGGUGUUCCGCGGGCAGCUUACAAAGGAGUAGUGGUGUUCCGGUACAAGAGCAGCCCGAGACGAAUAUACCUGGUUGGCCCUGACUCUCUUCAUCAGCUUGGGGCUAAUAAGGGCUGAGGCGGAAAUUUUUCGACGUGGAAGUCCAUGCCCUGAUUUAGCAAAACCUGGGCACAGAACAGCAGGGGCUGCAAGCAAGAUGCAAUGCUGCCAAGGAACUUUUGAGGAUGUUCUUUCCUCCCCCUCGAGGUUCUAGAGUAAGACAAGUGUGAUCAAUGUAGGGAUUCAUACGUGUUCAGUUAGCACAAGAUAUUUUACUGAAAUUUGUAUUUCGGGUAUAAUUGCAUGAUCCUGAUCUGCACAUCACCUCACUAGAUGACCUGACCCUGAUAUUUAGUGUACAUGACAGAAAAGAUCUGAGAGGAUGAUCCAGUGACAGGCAUUCAGGUGUCAUGCAAAGCACAUAGCCCUAUAUUACAGGCUGUUGUAUUAUUUUUUAGAAAAUUAUAUUAAGAGAUAGGAGCAAAUUGCGAUAUUAA